GCCACCACGUCAGCACCCUUGGCAUUUCGACCGUUUUAUGAAACCGACGCUUUUUUUCCAGUCAACUCCAACAGCACGAUCGCGGCGAUAAAACUUCACGUAACAAGGUAUAGAGCCUACAACGUUUAGUCGACAAUAUGGGCAUCGUCAGCGACAUUUAUAACGCCGUUGAGCUAGGCAAUUUCCAAUGGCCAAUUCGCAAUAGUCAUCCAGUGCAUCCCUCAAUCGUGCACUUUCCUCUCACAUUUCUCACCACCGCCUACUCUCUGGACAUGGUCUACGGCCUUGCGUCCCACUAUAGCAAAUCCAUAACGCUUGCGACGCGUCUGGCUCCGUACCUUCCUGGAAUCGCCCAGUUUGCCUACGCCAGCCAUGUCGUCGCAGUGAUUACGUCUAUCCCGGCUAUGACAAGCGGGUCGGCUGAGUUCUGGGAGCUGUACAAGAAGGAUGGACUCAACUAUAAGGAUAAAAAGCUCACGAACCCGGGCAGGAGUGGAGACGAUAUCAUCAACCGCAGCAUCAAUGUAGGAGCAGCUCACGGUAUCUUGAACGCUGUGGCGUUCGGAGUAAGCAUGUAUGCCAUAAUCUCGAGGUGGAAGGUUCCGGGUUGCAUUCCAGGACGGGCUAGUAUCUGGUUAUCUGCAUUGACCUUUCCCGGUUUGGCGCUAAGUGCUGCUCUUGGCGGAGAACUUGUGUACGGAAAGGGUGUAGGUGUUCAGAGAAUGGGUAAUGCAAGAGAUGAGAAGAUUGCCGGCUUGGAGGCGUAUAAGGAGAAGAGGGCAUUAUAAGUGGGAUCUUUGUCCGGAACGUAUCUGGCAGAACAGAUACCAGUAAGCGUGACUACGUCGACUAUGAAAUGCAACGGAUAUGCAAACUCUUAGCACUGUAGAAAAGUUAUUAUCAAUGCGACUUGAAUUCAUUCAUGGGCCAGCAGGCGUUGUAUAUGAGAGCGCUCCACAUGUAUUUCUCAUAGGCCCAG